AAAUGAAAAGCGCGAAAAGUAUACUUUUUCUGAAUUAAAUGUUUCUUAAAAAUCGUAUCUUAUUUUUUAAUAAUAGACAAUUGUUAUUAUACAAUCCUGAGAAGUCUGCAUCUUUAACGAACCGUUAACUGAAAUUUUUACGGAAUCGUGCUCCAAACAAUUACUUGCAUGAAUUUAAAAACAGUUCCUGUAUUUUUUCUCGAUAAUUCUCAUUCAAUUUCAACAUUUACAAAAGAUAAACAGCACAGUAAUUGUUUGAAAUUCUUCUUUGCAUUUUUUAAAAUAAUCUUUAUAUUUGUAAAUGAUUAAUGUUUUUAAGUAACAAAAGAAAGUGAUUCAAUUUCCAGGUAUUUCAUGGGUUAAUUGAAGCGUGGGAAUAAGCAACAGAGGAAGUGUUUCUACUAUGUAUAAAUGUAUUUGAAACAGGUUAGCUUGAAAAUGAGUCAAUUUGAACUAUAAAUAUAAAUAAUAAAACGGAUAUAGUUAUUAAUUGUAAUUUGAAGUAUUUGAAGGAUAAUAUAAAAGAAAUUUUUUACAAGAAUUGCGUGAUCAUAAAAUUUACUUGCUUGAAAUCUUGUUUGAUAUAGUAUCCAAGUGUUAAUGUGUUAGUCACACGUUUAGUUUACAUGCGUGAAGGAUUGUUGUGUGUAGCGGCCGCCAUCUUGCUGCUUUUAGCAACUGACAUGUCUUUCUAAUGUUAUUAUCAAUAAUUAUUUACAAUUAAUGUGGCCCGAGAGGUUAGACAAUAGUAUUAAAAAUAAUAAAAUACACUAAAAAUUAAGUUUAAUACGGCCUAUGUGCCUUUGUGUAUUAUUGUGGACUGAAAACAAUUGACCCAACCUCUGUACUUGACUUCGUUUGGUUGGAUGCAAAGCAAACAUAACCAUAAAACGUAGUUUAUCAACUCUUGGUGUUUGUCAACUAAUAAAUAGUUCCUAAUGGAAAUUUUUGGAUACAUACAUCAGAGGAUUAUUGAAUUUUUCGUUUAUAACAUGAGAAGAUUAACAUUAGAAACUAAUUGAAUUGAGAAGCUAUGUAUGGCUAGGCAAGGUGAAGAAAAAUAUCAAGUUUGCACUCCAUGAAGAUCCCAGUCCAGGAAUAUUCAAAUAUGGACAAUAAACUGAAAAUAUCUGAUCGUCUGAAGGCACUGCUUAAAACAGAAGCACGUCAAGACAUUGAUCCAUAUAUAUUCAGUGAACCUGAACCAUUCAGUGCAGCAAGUAAACAUUUGGAGUCAUCAAAGAGCUCUCUAAUGAGUGGGAAAACUAGUGGAUCGAAAGCGAGAUGUUCCAAAAAACGAAUAAAAGCAGAAAAUUCUCAUAUAAAGUGUCCUGACAAUAUUUCUGUAUUAGAUUCAAGACGAAUAGAUGGAGACAUGGGUAACAUGAAGAACUUGGAGUUGCGAGUUCCCAAUAAUAGUGGAAUACGCAGUAAAGAAAAGUCUAAUAAUAAUCAAGAACUUGUUAGACGAGCUAGUAGAGAUCAUACUCUACUUUAUUAUCCUCGAGCAGGGGAUGAAAUUUCAGAUAGUGAUUCUAGUAGUGAUGAACUUGGCGUUUAUCAACGUCAUUGGUUUACAGGAGAUACUAGUAACGUUCCACGAGCAGUCAAACUGUCGAUACAAAGAUCACAAUUGCGUAGGCGUCUUAUUCAACUUCAUAGAAGUGGGAAAGAAGCCGAAGAAUUGCUUUAUAAACGUACGAGACGUCUUUUGCAAGCUGCUUAUAGAAGUCAACGAUUAAUAAAUGGACGUUUGAAUAAUUCAAAUACCAAUGGAAAAUCAUCUAAUGGACAUCUUCUCGUUGGUGGUCGUUGUCUUGCAGAAGGAUGUGGUCACACGUCUCUACCAUGCACUCGACAUUGCUCUCGACAUAUUAUGAUGAACACUGAUCAAUUACUUUUUGAGCAUUGCACUGCCAAAUUCAGCGACAAUACUCAGUGUUGUGUACCCGUGUUUGAUGUGGCUCAUGAAUUACCACUUUGUCCAGAGCAUGCACGUAAACGAGACAAUUAUCAUCGUAAAGCUCAGGAAUCAAAACCAAAAAAGACUCGUAAAAAACCUGCAUCUCCAACCAUUCCAAGACCUAAGAGUAAUAGCAGUAGUAGCAAAUCAAGGCCGAAAAAACGAAAACGACCACCUUCAGUUAAACCAGUUGAAAUUAAAAAUAAAAUUAUUCAAGAAGACAAUCAUUAUUCAAGUCCUAUUAUGGGAUUGAAUGAUAAUUCUGAUACAAAGACACUGAAUAAUCUCAAUGUUGUACCUCAGAGUACUUCCAAUCCUAAUAAUUUAAGUCUUGGCUUAGGACUUGGAUCUCUUGGACUUGGAAGUAGUCUUAAAGUUGAAUUAGGAGAUCAUGAAGUCUUUGCAGCACUUGAUCCAAAUGAACAUGACUUUGGAAAUGUUCUAAAUACUCUGCCUGCUGAUGCUUUUAAUGAUCUAUUCAUAGAGAGUCGUAACGGCGAGUAUGAACCAUCAAGAGAAGAGGAAGAAGAAUUAGAGCGCGCAUUAGAAGCUGUUGACAAGGAUGUACGAAAUUUAGAACGAAUGGGCCAAACACAUGGACUAUUAGAGCCAGCUCUUCUUGCCCAAUUAAUGUCAGAUAUUGCUUCGUAGCCUUUGUCUGAAUAGGUUCAAACAUUUUACCGUGUAAAAUCAGGUUGAAUAAUAUUUGAAUAGACAAAGAAAAUAACUUGGAUGUAUACCUCAGUCGUUACCGAUCGUAAUAACAGCAUGCAACAGUGAACUGGUUGACGUAAUGCAUAAAUGUAAUGUUUAACAAAAUAAUUCAUAAAAUAUUUUCAAAUGAAAAAAAGAAUCGAAUACCAGACAUAAUAAAUAAUAUAUUAAUGGGUUUAUUAAUAUGAUGAUAACUGAAACAAAAUGUCUAAAAAUAAUUGGCAAUUCUUAUAUAUACUUAUAUAAGAAAUAGUUUGCUUUGAAAUUUAUAUUCAUCUUUUUUCUAUAGAAAUGUUAGAAUUUCUUCGUAUAUUUAUCGUAGAGAUAUUAACAGCACCAAUUAUUAUUUUAUUUGCGAUGUUGUAAUUAGUGAAAAAUAUCCAGUAAUUAUUUUAACAAAGUUUGCGUCAUGUGAAAAAAUAUCACGAGAAUGUGAGAGGAUUCAUACAUUUUUUAUUAGCGUGUAAAAAAAAUGCAAUAGAAUAAUAAUUUAUACAUCAUCAAACAAAAUCUGCAAGAAAAGAAUGACUGUUUAUAACAAUCAACUAGUUUAAUUUCUGUAAAAAAUAUAACUGAAGCAUCGUCAAUUAAUAAUUAUUUGAUGAGAUGAAGAAGUAUGGAAUAGAUCAAAUUAAACUAAGAAUAAAUUUCUUACUAUUCUUUCAUUAGGGGACGUUGAAAAAUUCGUAGAUAGAUUUUUUUUAUUUGUUUGAAAACUAUUUGAAUGUUGCUUUGUACAUAAUGCUGGUGAUGAUAGACAUCACCAAUAAUUAUAUGUAAAUUAAAUUAAUAAUCUAAUUAAUGAAUGGAUAACGAUUACUUUUUAUCGUUCGUGUAGAAUUUUGCGUUAGGCUGUUUAUAUAUUUGGAACAAGAUACUUAGAAAUAUUAGAAAAAAAAGAAGAAAAAUAUAAAGAAAUACAAAAAAAUAUAUAAAUAGCAUUAAAAAAAAACUCUGUGAAUAUUAACACGUAAUCUAGUAGUCUUGAGGGUAAGUUUUACACAAAAAAAGGUUAAUAAGUUUUUUCAAUAGCCAAAUGUUGACUGACUGUAUUUGUUAGAGAUACAUUUUGCAACUUGUGAAAUUGUUCAUGUAAAAUUGAUUAAAAUUAAAAAUUGUAAA